AUGUCUCACCGCCAGUCUCCAGGUCCUUCUGCUCAGCCCCCUCAGUCCUACCAACACAACAUGCAGCCAUCCUCGGGAAGGGGCAAAAACAAGAAUUACGCCGCCAGUAUCUCAGCCGGCGUCGAAGAUGAGAAGUACCAGGCAAAGUAUAAGGAACUCAAGCGAAAAGUGAAAGAAAUCGAACUGGACAAUGACAAGCUGCACUACAAAGUAAUUCAGGCGAAAAGGUCCAUUCAGCGAAUGAAACUUGAACGAGCAAUUCUGUAUGAGCGCCUCUCCGCUGUCCCUCCCUCUCCAGAAGCGUCCGAACACCACGCCCUCCCUCCACACAGCGCGGGCCCCAAUGGACCCGCCCACUUUGCUCAUCCCGCGAGUGGCCCAGCCCCACCUCACCCACAACAGCGACCGGAGCACGACGAGCGCUACGGCUACGAAUAUCCCAACACCCAUAGCAGUUCUCGUACUAGGACUGAUAACCGUGGUUACCCUGCGUCGGAUACUUCUGCGGCCCCGGGCGUGCCUGCGCCCCACUUGUCUCCAGCACAGAUGUCGCGACACAGCUCGGGCGCAGGUGGUCAUGACUCGUCGCGACAACUACCUCCCCUCUCGCAUCUGACUCCUGCUCAGCAUUACGAACACCCGAGGAGCCUUGGUCAUUCGCAGGGCCACAGCCCUCAUCUUCAUCCCCACAGUAAUGGCUCCCAUUCUCAUUCACGGUCGAGAUCUCACUCUUCUUCUCGAUCGCGGCCCAAUCAAGUACCCACAGGUUAUCACUCUGGACAUUCGCAUGCGCAGCACUAUUCGCCCGAUGCGCUGCCUCCAAUGCAGCAGUCACUUCAUAGUCCGCCUCGCGAACCGGAGCGAACUAGACGCCACGAGCUGCUUGACCGUGGGAGUGCCUAUGCAGAUCCACAUAUGCACAAUCGAGGACAGACACAACUACAGUCGCAUUCCUCCCACACGCCGGUGUUAUCCCCGACGCACGGCCGCAGUUCGACUCGAAUUCACAAUCACCAGCGAGUCGGGCCAGGCGCAAACCUCCCUCAUCCAGAUCUUGAUCGCGAACGCGACCUGGAUAGGGAGCGCGAAUGGUCACGCCAGCACGACCAGGAGUUCGAUAGAGAUUAUCGUGCACAACAUCCAAUCGAUAGAGGAGACUACCAAGACCACCCGCCUUCGUACCGUUCUCGUGACGAUCCUACCUACCAUAGAGAACCCGUAGGGCCCGGGGUUCACAGCAGAUUAUCUCGCUCUGGCUCUCCCGGAUCGGGUGGUGGUGGCGGACCGCCCGAACAUAUGCGUUCAGAACAUCACCAAUAUUACGACCGAGAAAUGCAAAGACCCCCCGCACCCCGAGGCGCUGGCAGCCAUCAGUCCCCAUCGACGGAGGAGAUCGGAUUUGUCCAUGAAGAUGGCAGAUCGUUCGGACGUGACCGAGGACACCUUGUACCUCCAGAGCAGCACCGCUCUGGCGGAGACAUUUCUCGGAAACGAUCGCGCGCGGACAUGGAAGUAGAUGAAGAUUAUGACGUCGCCGAUGCUUCUGCCGUAGGCAGUGGCGCCGGGGGACGUGGGGACGGAUUGAGAUACUCGGGAAGACACCCUUCGGAGGAUAGGGGGAUGCAUCCCCUUCAUGCCUCUACCGGAAGGCCGCCUUCUCGGGGCUCCAAUGACCGGGAGGUCCCACCGGAAGCAGAAAGAUCGGAUUGA